GUGAUGAUAAGCGGUAUAUACAAUGAAUGAAUGGAGUACAGAUGAGGUGUGCCACAGUUUAAGACGAGGGAGCGACAUCUGCCAGCCGCCCCGACUCAGCUUAACUAGCAAUCUGCCCUGAUUAGCAACAGGUGUACCCAGUUGUCUCCCCACAUGCUGAGCCCCCAAAUGUAGGAGCAGAGAACAUGUGAUCUUAACAUGUCGACCAAAGCAUGUUUUUUCACCUCCAGCACUCACAAUGCUGAGAGGUCGUUUUUUUUUUAAAUAUGUAACUUCUUAGCAUAUCUUUACAAGAUAUCAAAGUAACCCUCUCAUCCUUUCAUUUUUUCACUACAUGCCCUGAGGUGGGAAACGUUUGGACACCCCUGAUAUCAUGAGAAACCUCAAAGAUGCUCGCCGUUGAAGGACGAUUGCAUACAUCUCAGAGGAGAAGCAGGCUAAUGAAUGACACCUGCAAUUUGGAUCUCCUCUCCAUGGUGCUGGGAGUAAUUAAGGAACCUGACAUAUGGAGCUCUCCAUGGUGGGAUCUUCAUCAUACAUGACAAGUUUGAUCAAGAGAUGACAUUACGAGGGGGGCCAAGACAUUUGGAGGUUCUUGUUUUAUGGACCAAGUAACAUCAGACUUCAGUAACAGUUUGGCGGAUCGUAUUGGCCCAUGUUGACAAAAGAGUCCAGUGUAAAGUGCCGUUGACAGAUUUCUACCCAGUCUGCACAGUUUCAUCUCCUGGUUGUCCAUAAAGGGACACAAGAAUCGACUGCCCCCGCUCCAAGGAAAUGCAACACAGGAUCCAUUUGAAAAUGUCUGCAGCAGAGCCCAUCAUCAGGUCCAAACAGAUUCAGAAAGAAGUCAAUGGCAUUUCCACUCAAGUUGUUUGCACAGAGUUCAGUAACUACAUUUUUGUGGUUAUAACCCAGUACGGCAAGAUCGGAACGCUGAUAUCUGUCACACCUGAGUCUAGAUGUGACGACUUCAGCACCCCAAUAUUCUCCACUAAAGUGCUGUUGGGAAAAGACGAGCCUUUGACGCACGUUUGCGGCAAGAACUUGGCAACAUUUGUGUCACAAGAAGCCGGAAACAGACCCGUCUUACUGGGAUUGGCACUGAAGGACUCUUCGGUAGACGCCAUCAAGCAAAUGAAAGAAGUUGUCAAAAGUUGUCAAGUGUGGUAGAGAGCCAACAAAAUGGACAGGAGGGUGACUUUUCUAUUUUUGUAGUUAUAAUACCACAUUGUCAUAAUCAGUCUGACAUUGUACUGUUUUUGUACCUUAAGGAAGAUGAAAUGUACAUUAAAACACAUAAAACCA